AUGAAAGUUACUCUGCUUGCUGUGGUUACAUUGACCGCAGUGGCAUCCCUUGCCGGCGCUGCUGAUCCUGAAUGCGUUUACCGCAAGCUACGUGGACUGUCACCACAUUGGCCAAAUCCCAGCAGCUGUUCCAGCUAUUAUCGUUGUUCCACCAAGAAUACUGUGCGCUCCAUAAACUGCCCCACCGGCAAGGAGUAUAAUUCGAAAACUGGCAAAUGCUCAACAGCAGGACGUGGUCUAUGCAAACUGAGCCUGGCCGCGCCCCUGGCGGAUGCCGCCAAUAUUUGUGCCGACGAGGUGAAUGGCGCCUAUUUGUUGAAGACUGGCUAUUGCAAGGACUUCUAUAUCUGUGAUCAGCAGCUGGCGUAUGCCCAGGCAUGCGAUGCUGGCAGCUACUUUGAUAUCCAGACAAAUGGUUGCGUUCCAGACCCAGACGCGGAGUGCUGGCAAAAUAAGUGCGUGGACAAAGAAAAUGGUGAGUUUUUGCCCAGCAACACAUCCUGCGCCAGCUAUUACGUCUGCCGGGAUCAGGAGGCGACGCUGCAAUCCUGCGCCAGUGGCACCUACUUUGACACCACCCUGUUGGCCUGCGUCGUUGAUGAGAAUAACUCGCAAUGCUGGGAGAACUUCUGCAUUGGCAAGCCCGAUGGCUCUGCGGUGGCUGAUGAGGACGACUGCACUAUCUUCUAUAUGUGCUCAGGGCAAAAGGCAACCGCUCAAGAGUGUCCAACUGGCAGCUACUUCGAUGUAUCGGGUCCGCACUGCAUACCCGGCACAUGCCCCGACAAAAAUAGCACAACAACCACUACCCUGGCUCCACCCUCAGAGUGUGACUGCGCCGAUGGCUCCAGUCAUGGAGAGCUAGUUCCCAAUCCGGACAACUGCCGUUUAUAUUUUAAAUGUUUAAAUGGUGAACUGGUGCCCGGAGAUUGCCAACGAGGCAACUAUUUUGAUCCUGAGAUCAGAGUAUGCGUGAUAGACAGCAAUAACUGCUGCCCCGACAGCUCAACUUCGGACUGUGUGGAUGGCGAUGUGACUGACAAUGCAGAGAAUUGCAAUCAGUAUUAUGAGUGCGAAAAUGGCAACUGGCAGUCAAAGACCUGUCCAAGCGGAUCCUAUUUCGAUAUUGAUCUUUCCACUUGCGUAAUAGAUGUGGACAAUGUGUGUCCACAAUGCGAUACUGGCAGCGAUUCUGACUCUGGCUCUGGCUCCGGCUCUGGCUCAGACUCUGGCUCCGGCUCUGGCUCCGGCUCAGGUAACGACACCGUCAUCGUUACACCAUCUGUGCCCGGUCGAGAGACUCCUAUUGUUGUGGGUGGUGAGUGCAAGGAUAUCAAGGCAGCUGUUGCUGCAGACAACUGUUGGAGCUAUGUUGCCUGCAUCAGUGGCAUCUGGAAGAAGGAAUCCUGCAUUGGUGGCUUCUAUUUUGAUGCCUCCGUGGGCAUUUGUCGCACGGAUGACAACAAUCUAUGCCCCGAGAACAAGCUGUUGCAGCCGAAUUCGCGCAGCAAGCGUGCAGCAGACAGUGACUGCACUUGCCCCAAUGGCAUGGCUGAGGGCAGCAUGGUUGCGCAUCCAACCGACUGCGACAAGUAUCAACUGUGUCAUGAUGGCGAACUGAUCGACGGCACCUGCGGUCAGGGCAAUAUAUUCAGCAAUAGUGAGGGCGCCUGUGUACCUGACACUGAUGCCACCUGCUGGAUAUGUCGCAACAGGCCGAACGGCUAUCAGAUGAUCGACCCUGCUGAUUGUACCUCCUACGUGACCUGCUCUGAUGGAUUGGCUGUGCCUGCCACUUGCCCAACCGGCGAGUGGUUUGAUGGCAGUGCCUGCAGAAUCGAUGUCACUGGACAGUGCAUAAAUCCCUGCAGUUGUGGAUCCGGUAAUGUGGCACAUCCCAUCUGCUCCAAAUACUAUCAUUGCACCGACGGAGUGCCACAAGUGGUUGAUUGCGCUGUGGGCGAAGGUUUCGAUUCAGCGACUGGCAAAUGCUCCAGCAAAGUCUCGUGCAGUGCUAAUCUGUGCGCCACAGCUGACAAUAACGCCGCCUUCCCUGUCGCCGACGAUGACACAAAGUUCUACUUGUGUCUUGACAAUGUCGCCACAAUUCGUUCCUGCCCUGCGGACGCGAUAUUUGACCCAACCUUGUUGAUUUGUCUGGCCCAGCCUAGUAGCUCCUGUGAUCAAUCGGUAUGCACGAAAAACACACUGAACCAGGCUUACCCGUCGCUAACUUGUGAUAACAGCACGUUCUGUCUCUGCGAAAGCGAUGGCGCCUACUUGCAGAACUGCCCAUCUGGUUAUACGUUCGAUGAAACGCUAGAAAUAUGCACAUUUACGGGUCCUUGCGAUCCUCUAGCGUGUCAGGGCAAAGAUGAAUACUCCGUUUCGGUAAACUAUGAUGAUCCGGAUAGUUUUUGUGUAUGCCGCGUCAACCAACCCAUACCCGUACCCUGCCCGAUUGGAUAUAGCUUCAAUGGGACACUACUCCUGUGCGUGCUAGCACCACAGCCAGAUCCCAGAUGCUGUCGCAACUAUUGUGUUGGUAAGACAGAUGGUGACACAUUCCCAGCCCUUAAUUCAGAAACUGGAUUCUGUUACUGCUUAUCAGAGGUGCCCACGUUUAGUGAAUGCCCGCCCGGUAAAACAUACGAUGACUCUUUAGGCAUUUGCUUGGACUCAGCUGCGGAUAACUCAUGCAUCUGCAAUGAGUGCGACUCCACAACGUGUGCUGAUAAUAUAAUACCGAAUAUAGUUUUCCCAGCUAAAAGUACCGUAGAUGGCUUCUGCACCUGUAAGGACUUCUGCGCUGAAUAUACCCUUUGUCCUACUGGCAAGGAAUUCGACACAGAACUACUGAUUUGCUUGGAGACGGGUCCAGAAGUCUGUGAUGCGACACAGUGUGAUACUCUUGCCGAAAAUCAGCCAUAUGAAGCAAGCAAUGGCACUUUGGGCUUCUGUUACUGUCAGGGAGGAAUACCGAAUUACAGUCUUUGCCCUGAUGGUAAGGUGUUUGAUGCUGUCCUGGAAAUAUGCCUGGAAUCAAAUUGCUUAUCAAGCCAAUAUUGUGACUCGGAUAAGUGUUCAUGCCUUCAGGAAUAUGACACGUUCCCCUCAUCGAACGAAGAGGACGACACAAGCUUUUGUGUAUGUAUUAACGGCACGGCAAUCUAUAGGAACUGCGAUAACGGAAAAGUUUACAAUGCCACCGAAGGAAUCUGCGAACUAAUUGAGGCACCUAGCACCGUUUGUACCAAAGGAAAAUGUGCAAAACUGGCUGAUCACUCCACCUACGCUGCUCUGAACACAAUUUCAGGCUUUUGCCUGUGUAUCGAAGGCAUCGCCAUCUUUGAGUCCUGUCCAGUGGGCAAGGAAUACAAUGCCACAUUGGAAUUAUGCCUGGAACCAGAUACCAAAACCAAUCUAAAAAUGGCUUGUGAUGCCUCUCAGUGCAACAACCUCGCUGAAUUAACCACUUUUGCAGCCAGGGAUUCGGUUAAUGGUUUCUGUACAUGCCAGGCUGUAGGCGUUGCCACCUAUCAGAGCUGUGGUGAAUUCCACAUCUUUGAUCAGACCUUUAACGUUUGUGUGGUCGAUGCCUGCGAUCCGGCGCUCUGCAGAACUCGUAACAAAUUUGACACAUUCGCAGCAAGGAAUACGACCAAGGGCUUCUGCUCCUGUGAUAUAGUGCCCACAUAUUAUCAUUGCUCCGCUGGACACAUCUUUGAUGUUAACACGGGCGUCUGUGUGGAUGAAGUGACGGCCACUGUUGCUGCCUGUGAUCCUCGUGAUUGCUUGAAUCGUGCACAAUUCGAGGCAUUUGCAGCGAAGAAUACUUCCGAAGGAUUUUGCUCGUGCGAUGGAAAGGCGGAAGUUGUCACAUAUCACAAAUGCACAGACGGUAAACUCUUUGAUCGCAACUUGAACAUGUGCCUGAUCAAGGAACAUGGCAUACGGAAAAGAUCUGUGGAGCCGGAGGAAAAAUUCGUCUGCGAGGUGAAUAUGAAGCGUUCCGUGCCAGCGAACUGUUCCCAAUACGAGAUUUGCCUUGACGGAAAUUGGCGCAGACGCACUUGCUCCGAGGCGCGUUAUUACAAUCCUGAGCAACAGCUUUGCUUGGAGCCGCGUGAUGACAUGGUCUGCAGCUAUGCGCGAGUGCCGGGCUUGCCGCCCUGCGGCCCGAGCACCGAAUCCGAGACGAUACCGACCACAGAUGACAAGGGCAACUGUCUGCAAUAUUUUCGCUGUGCGGCAGGCAAAUGGCGGCUGCGCAGCUGCCCCAGGCGCCACUACUAUGCAGCGCACUUAAACACGUGUCUGCCCAUGCCGGAAUUUGAGGGCGAGGAUUUUUGCGGCUGGUUCAAUCGUAGCGAGACCAAAGUGAAAGUUGAGUGCCAGCAUCUGACAGUGCGUCCCUAUCCAAAUGGCUGUGAUAAGUUUUUGAUGUGCAUGGAAAACUCCUGGUGGAUUCAGCAGUGUCCGCUGGGCAUGUACUUCAGCCGUGUGGCCAACUACUGCCUGCCAAACGAUGCCAAUCAGUGCCGCCUGAACGUUAGUCAAGUGGAAUCCACUGGCUGCUUGCAUGGACAAAAACGCGCCUUGGCCACCAGCUGCCACUUAUACGAACAGUGCGUCAAUGGGCGAUGGAUUGGCAAGUCGUGUGGCCAAUCUGAUCAGUUCGAGCCCUUGCUCGGCUGUGUGGCCAACGACGGCAGCUGCCAGGGCAGCGGCUUGCGCCGAUCCUGCCAGCAAGGCGAGCUGCGUGCUUUGCCCCUGCCCGAUAUUAAUUGCACCCAGUUCUUUUACCACUGCGAUGCAGACGAGUGGCAUCUGGGCAGCUGUUUGCGUGGCCAGAGCUACGCUCGGCAGCUAAACAAAUGCCAGCCUUUGGCGAAAUGCCAAGCUCAGACCACGAGCAGCAGCAGCAGCAGCUGCGUGGGUCAGCCCGAUGGCCAGAGUGUUGCGCAUGCGGAGGACUGCACGCGUUUCUAUCUGUGCCUGCAGGAGCAGCCCGCCUUGUUGCAAAGCUGCGCCUCCGGCAGCUUUUUCGAUGCCAGCCUGGGCUACUGUCGACCCAACGAUGGCAGCUGUCAGCAAAUUGAAUCGCUGUGCGUUAAUAAUACGUCUGGCGGCCUGAUAGCGCAUGCUCACAACUGCCGCGCCUAUUAUAAUUGCUCCAGCCACACUCCUAAUGCCAACUCCAGCUCCAGCUCCGGUCAUAAUGCCGUCCAGUUGCUAUAUUGUCCGACGGGUGAGUACUUUAACAAGCAGCUGGCGCAAUGCCGCCCGGAUCAGGGUCAGUGUCUACAGAAAUCUCUGCCAGAUUCGCUGGCGAGCCUAGAUCUAUGCAAGAAGACGGCUCAUGGCACCCGGCUGCCUCACCAGCUUUACUGCAACCAGUACUACGCCUGUGUGCAUGGACUCGCCAUUCUGGCUGAGUGUGAGUCCAAAAUGCGCUUCAAUGCAACUGUGGGACGCUGCGAGCCUGAGCCGAGUUCCGAGUCGGAUGUGCGCGCCACGCAGCUCUGUCAGCGUGGUAAGCUAGAUGAAAGUGGAAACAAUAGUGCUCUCUUCAGCUGCGACAGUCUGCAGGAUGGCAGCUACGUGGCCGACUAUAGGAACUGUACCAGGUACUAUAUUUGCGCGGGGGGUGUGCCCCUUGUUCAACGCUGCGGCGCAGGUGCCUACUUUGAUGCGGAGCAGUUGCUGUGCACCCCAGACGACGGCUCCUGUCCUUAUGUAAUCACUGAGGGGAAUCAGAAUGCGACCAAUACAAGUCUGGGCAGCGAUCAUGAGCCACCAAAUCCAGUACUGUGCGAGGGCAAACAUGGACACCUACUGCCGGACUUAGCUAAUUGCAACAACUUUUACAUUUGCGUCUCAAACAAAAUGCGCUGCGAGCGCUGCUACGCGGGCUACUUCUUCAACGCCACACUGCAGCAGUGCCAGUCCUUCGAGCUGACCACUGACGAGGAGCUUGAUGGACAGGCGAAAAAUCCAGAGCUGAAGACGGAGCUCAUGGAAUCUAAAUUGGCUGAUUCACAGCCGGCAGAAAAAUGCAGCGAUGCGCCCACCGACUUCGCCAAUCUCUGCGAGGUGAUCGGCGAGGGCGCCUCCAUAGCCGAACCGGGCGACUGUCGGCGUUACAUCAGCUGCGACGAGGACGAGCCCAUAUCGCAGCGUUGCCGCAAUGGCGAAAGCUAUGACAGCCUGCUGGGCAUCUGCCGGCAGAAUGACGGCACUUGCCUCAUGGAGAACGGCGAGCGUGUGGGCGUCUGCAAUGGCAGGCAUGGCCAGCUAGCACGGGACACACAGAACUGCCGCGGCUACUUUGUGUGCCUGCAUGGCCAGAAAAUCGAGGCUGAGUGCGAGGCAGGGCAAUUCUUCAGCAAGGCAACAAGCACUUGCGAAUUAGAUAUUCUUCAGCAGUGCAGCAACAAUUCUAACGAGUUGGGAAAAUCAAAGUCCGAAGAGUAACCACUGGGCUAGUUCUCUUAUCAAACCAACUAAAUAUCCUACUAUAAUUCGGAUUUAUAUAUCUAUGCUUAU